AUGGAGUUUGCCUCAACUGAACGAGAGGCGGUAGCAGACUUCUUUAUGAAGGAUAUGCAUAUAUCCUUCAUAAGUAGAGAGAUGCAACCAGUUAUAGGAGAUGCGAGAAAAGGGGUGAAUGUAAGACGAUUUUCUUCUAAUAUUCCAGUCAGUGACGCUUAUAAUGUAGGUUAUCUAAACUUAUAUUGUGCUUUAUGCAAUGGCGUAGCCAUGUCGGAUAUUGUAGCAUGGAAAGUUACUGUCAAUUGCCGUAACCUCUUAUAUCCGUUCAAAGGAAUACAUAAAAAAAAUACCGCAAGAUAUACCAAUAAUGACUCACACAAGUCCAAUUAUUAUGAUAAAACCUUGCAGAUUUUGAACGUCGUUGGAGUCUCUUGUUCACUCCUUGGUCUGUUUUUGACAUUUAUUAUACGUUGCAUUAAAAAAGACCUUCGGAAUAUUUCUGGCAAAAUUGUAAUGAACAUUGCGGCGGCAUUGUUUUUGGCACAGCUUGGGACGUUGUUGGCAAAAACUUUAGUUGAAUCCAAACUAGGAUGUGUUGCUCUAGCUGUACUUUUGCACUAUCUGUGGUUGGUGGCAUUUAUGUGGAUGUUUAUAAUGUCAAUAGUAUUGUUCAAAUCGUUCCGUUCUUUAAAAUCAGCUGUAGAGCAUCGCAGUGGAAAACAAUCUAUUACAAUACCUUUCUUUUGUUGUUGGGGACUUCCAGUUUUGGUUGUCGCUGCCGCUAUGACUCUUCAUAUUUGGGAAUACGCACCUAUCAAAUUCUUUUACGGUGACGAAACAGUUUGUUGGAUACCCGAUGAAUUUGCUACCUUCAUGUUCUUAGGUAUUCCCAUGGCAACGAUCCUUGCUUUAAACAGCAUUAUGUUUGUCGUUAUAGUGUGCGGGAUUUACCAAACUAAAAUGAGCUCUAAAGCGAUGCGAGGAUCUUCCACAAAGAAAGAUAUUUCUACUAAUCUCAUCAUAUUUGCAAAGGUAAAGAAAUGGAAUGAAAUGCAUUAUUUUUAG